UUGUUAUAUCAACCACCAUGGUUAGCUUUUACUUAUUAUGAAAAAAACAGAAGAUUGCUUUUGUCAUAUAAUUUCAUAAGAGCAUGAUGAGGAGUUCUGUGUCUCUCAAGUUCCUUGGAGCAAUCUGUGUGGUGUCUUUGUUGCUGCACCAACACCUUCCUCUGUCCAACUAUUACAAAGCUUCAGCUGCAGAACAAGUUGGGUGCAUUGAGAAGGAGAGGCACACUCUCCUUGAGUUAAAAGCAGGCUUGGUGCUUGAUGACACCACCCUUUUGCCUUCUUGGAAAAGUGAUUCUGGCAAUAGCAGCACUGAUUGCUGUGAAUGGAAAGGAGUCAGUUGUAGUAAAAAAACUGGUCAUGUUGAAAUGCUUGAUCUAAAUGGCGAUCAUUUUGGUCCAUUUCGAGGCGAGAUAAGCUCAUCAUUGAUCAAGUUGAAACAUCUAAAACAUUUGAAUCUCAGUCGGAAUCGGUUCAUACACAACCCUCCUAUUCCAAGCUUCUUUGGUUCUCUAAGCAGAUUGAGAUUACUUGAUCUCAAAGGUUCACAUUUUGGUGGAAGAAUUCCAAAUGAUCUUGCCAACCUUUCACACUUGCAAUACCUUGAUCUUUCAUCUAACAACCUGGAGGGUACAAUCCCUCAACAACUUGGAAACCUCUCUCAUUUGCAGUAUCUUGAUCUGGGUGUGAACUCUCUUGUUGGAACAAUCCCGCAUCAACUUUGCAGUCUCUCGAACUUGCAGGAGCUUCAUCUUGGAUACACUAAAGGACUCAAAAUUGAUCAUGACCAGAAUCAUGAGUGGUCCAAUCUCACUCAUUUAACCCAUCUAGACUUGAGUCAGGUGCAUAAUCUAAACCGUUCUCAUGCGUGGCUUCAAAUGAUUGGUAUGCUUCCAAAACUACAAAAACUGGUGUUGUAUGAUUGUGAUCUUUCAGAUCUUUUUCUCCGUUCUCUAUCUCCUUCAGCAUUAAAUUUCUCUACUUCCCUUACUAUACUCGAUCUUUCUCGGAAUAAUUUCACAUCAUCUUUAAUAUUCCAAUGGGUGUUUAAUGCUUGCUCCAACAUAACCCAGCUUGAUCUUAGCCUUAACAACUUGGAAGGUCCCAUUCUUUAUGAUUUUGGCAACAUCAGAAAUCCUCUUGCACAUCUUUACCUGUCUUAUAAUAAUGAACUACAGGGUGGAAUUCUGGAAUCCAUUAGUAAUAUUUGUACCUUACGCACGUUGUACAUUGACUCCAUCAAUUUGAAUGAGGACAUCUCAACAAUUCUUCUUAGCUUUUCUGGUUGUGCUAGAUCCUCACUGCAAAUAUUUAGUUUAUUUUACAACCAAAUUUCUGGCACAUUAUCAGAACUUUCAAUGUUUCCCUCUCUAAAAGAAUUAGACCUUUCAGAUAAUCAGUUAAAUGGGAAGCUGCCAGAAGCUGAUAAAUUGCCAUCUAAAUUGGAGUCUUUGAUAGUCAAAUCAAACUCUUUGCAAGGUGGAAUUCCAAAAUCAUUUGGUAACAUCUGUUCCUUAGUCUCAUUACACAUGUCCAAUAACAAGUUGAGUGAAGAGCUUUCAGGGAUAAUUCAUAAUUUGUCUUGUGGGUGUGCCAAACACUCACUUCAAGAAUUGAGAUUUGAUGGGAACCAAAUUACUGGCACAGUAUCUGACAUGUCAGUGUUCACAUCUUUAGUAACACUUGUCCUAUCUCAUAAUCUUUUGAAUGGGACAAUACCUGAAAAUAUUAGAUUCCCACCUCAGCUAAAGAAUCUAAAUAUGGAGUCCAACAACUUGGAAGGUGUGAUCAGUGACUCCCAUUUUGCCAACAUGUACAUGUUGAAAAGUGUGAAGUUAAGCUACAACCCUCUGGUUUUGAUGUUCAGUGAAAAUUGGAUCCCACCCUUCCAAUUGGUCUCUAUAUUUCUAAGUUCUUGCAUGUUAGGACCUAAGUUUCCUACAUGGUUGCAAACUCAAAAAUACAUGUAUGAGCUUGACAUUUCCAAUGCUGGUAUCUCAGAUGCAGUUCCAAUGUUGUUUUGGUACCAAACCACAAUGCUAAAGUACAUGAAUAUUUCACACAACAAUCUCACAGGCACUGUUCCAAAUUUGCCCAUAAGGUUCUAUGUAGGCUGCCAUGUACUUUUGGCUUCAAAUCAAUUUACAGGCUCAAUCCCAUCUUUUCUAAGAAGUGCAGGAUCAUUAGAUUUGUCAAGCAACAAAUUUUCAGAUUCUCAUGAGUUAUUAUGUGCUAACACCACAAUUGAUGAAUUGGGCAUAUUAGAUCUCUCAAACAAUCAACUACCAAGGCUCCCUGAUUGUUGGAGUAAUUUCAAAGCAUUAGUAUUUCUGGAUUUGAGUGACAACACUUUGUCAGGGAAAGUGCCACAUUCUAUGGGAUCACUACUUGAACUUAAAGUAUUGAUAUUGAGGAACAAUAACUUAACUGGGAAGUUGCCUAUCUCCUUGAGAAAUUGCGCCAAGUUGGUCAUGCUAGACCUUGGAGAAAACAGAUUAUCUGGAGCAAUACCUUCUUGGUUAGGACAAGAAUUGCAAAUGUUAAGCUUAAGAAGGAACCAAUUCUCAGGAAGUCUUCCACAUAAUCUUUGUUUCAUAACAAGUAUUCAACUGUUGGACCUCUCAGCUAACAAUCUGCGGGGACGCAUUUUCAAAUGCUUAAAGAAUUUCACUGCAAUGUCUAAGAAGAAUUUCUCAACCUCAAACAUGGUAAUUUACAUUAGUAAGCUUAGCUCUUUCUUUGCAACCUAUGAUUUGAAUGCAUUGUUGGUGUGGAAAGGUGCUGAACAAGUGUUCAAGAAUAACAAGCUCCUUUUAAGGAGCAUAGACCUUUCAAGCAAUCAGUUGACAGGAGACAUUCCAGAAGAAAUAGGAGACUUGGUAGGCUUGGUGUCAUUGAACAUAUCAAGCAACAAUUUGAGUGGAGAAAUUACUUCAAAGAUUGGAAGGUUAACAUCACUUGAGUUUCUUGACUUGUCUAGGAACCAUUUCUUUGGUUCAAUUCCACCUACUCUUGCUCAAAUUGAUCGCCUCGCCAUGUUAGACCUGUCCUAUAACAACCUGUGUGGAAGAAUCCCACUUGGAACACAGUUACAGAGUUUUGAUGCCUCAAGUUAUGAAGGAAAUGCUGAUCUUUGUGGGAAGCCACUUGAUAAAAAGUGUCCAGGAGAUGAAGAAGCACCCCAAGAACCAAAAUCACAUAAAGAAACUAGUCCAGAAGAUAAUAAAUCAAUUUAUUUGAGUGUGGCAUUGGGAUUUAUCACAGGAUUUUGGAGCCUAUGGGGUUCCUUGCUACUCAGUGAUACUUGGAGACAUACAUACAUGUUGUUCUUGAACAACAUAAUAGACACAGUUUAUGUUUUUACAGCAGUGAGUGCAGCUAAGUUUCAAAGGUGGCUCAAAGGCUUGAUGGAAAAGUAUUAAGUAUGUAUAGCUUAAAAGCAUCUCCUGAGCUGAGGUUGAACCAUUUGCAACUAAACUAUGUUCAAGAAAGAUACCAGAAAAGAUUGCAGCUCUGAUCAGACAAAUAUAAAUGAAUUCAGAGUUCUCUUUAUCAAUGGUUUAGAUUAUCAAAUGUUGAAGUUUAUGUGGUGGACACUCUCUAUUCUGUUAUUGAGAAAAUUGUGUUCUUUUUUAUGAAAUUAUGGAAUAUCAUUAUAAGAUGCUCCUCUUCAUGUUGCCUAGUUAUAAGAAAGUUAUUUGAAAAAUGGACAGGAAUUAAA